AUAAAGUAAGCAAAGCUGCCAAACAUAGAAAGUCGGGAUCGAAAUUCUGUCUUGUUGCAGAAGGAAAAAGGAAUUUGUAAUAAUAAUAUGCUCAUAUUUAUCACCAAUAAAAGGUUCCUUUAAGUGAUGUUGAAGUGUGAAAAGACAUGAAGAAGAAAAUCUUUGGUCGCAGAAUUUUAUGUGGUAGUCACAUCUUAAUAAGAGGAGCUCACACUUUACUUGUCCUCGGAGUACCUGCAACACUCCUAUAUAAGGAGACUUCAUUGAAGAAAGCCCUUAUUGAGCGAGAAGACUUAGUGUAUGGAUGUAGCUAUAUUCUUCUUGUUCUAGCAUCCCUGAUUUUUUAUUAUGUCAGUUGUUUGAAAAAUCCUGGAUAUCUUGGACCAAAAAAUUCCAAACUGACAUCAAAAGUUGACCCUGAAGAUCAUGGGGACACAGAUGAAGAUGUAUCAGACACAACACCUAUGAUGCAAGAGUCAGAUAGUUCUGGUUUGAUUGAACAGUCAGUGAAUGAGGGAAGGUUGAAGGCUCUGAAGCAGCGGUUUAGAUACUGUGAUUAUUGUGAAGUUGAGCAACCGAUGAGAAGUAAGCACUGCGAGGACUGCAAACAGUGUGUACGGAAACAUGACCACCACUGUCCUUGGCUGGACACCUGUGUGGGGGAGGGCAACCACAAGUACUUCUGGACCUUCCUGUUGCUCACCUCUGUCCUCGUAAUCUGGACCUUCGCAAUCACAUGGACAAACUUCCAAUAUGAACAGGAGUGGAAGCACUGGUGGAAGACAAAUGUGGUGUUCUUUAUAAACAUGGUCAUUUUGUCGUUUGGAGGCUUCACUGUGAUUGGUCUACUGGGAUUCCACACCUUCCUCAUGUUCCGCGGACUGACCACCUGGGAGCUUGUGUCCAGGGAGCGCAUUACCUAUCUCAAGCACCUGAGUGAUGACUUUCACCCUUUUGAUGAAGGGUGUUUUAUGAAUAUGUAUAACUUUCUCACUGUUUGCAAAUACAGAGAAUGGGAGUGUAUGUAUGAUAGGAAAGUGGAGCAAAAUGGACUGGUGUAGACUUAGUGGUGGUACCAAUCAACUAUUUAUCAAAAAAGAGAUAUACUCUUAGUUGUGUCGAUUUUUUUUAACUUGCCAUAUCAUGCUUUAAAUUUAAUAUCUUUUUAUAUUGUUGCAUUGUCUUGUGCUGUAGUAUGUAUAGUAGGUUUUCAAUUUUUUUUUAUAUACCAAUUGUUUUUAUUUUAAGAAUGAGUACAAUUGUCUGUUGUAUUGAAUAUUUGUCAGAAUUUAAAUAGUGUACUUAUGGCAUUCACUUGUUCUAAUCAACUACAUGAACAGAGUGUAUGUUCCUGUUAUAAAUUUAUGUUGUAAAUUUCUCAAUGUCAUAUUGACAUAUCCCAAUCCAAAGAAUCCACAGAAAUGUAGAAAUCUUAAAUGCAUAAUAAAGACAACAUAUCAUUC